UUGUGCAGGCAGAAGAAGAUAGCUGCACUUUCUUUGCAUGCCCUGGUUUGGGCUGGAAAAGAGAAUAAAUUGAAGCGGCAGAACAGCGAGGUUUGAAAGUGCCUCUUUUUUCGUCCCAUGGAGGAGGGAGAUUCCUGGACCUCCAGAGUGGGUUUAGCACAGCAGGAAGGGUCAUGAGCAGGACAUGUGCACAGCACUUGCGCCAGCAGCUGGCCAUGGCUUUCUCCCAGGACAGUUUUCCUUCAUGGACACCUGCAGCCAGAGCAGACCAGGGGUGUUUUGCUGGGGAUGGGAAGAAGGGACUGGCGUUUCUGCUGCUGCCAGGGCUGUUGUGUUUCCAGCUGCUCUCACAGCAGCCUGUCACCUGCUGCAGGCCAGCAUGGUCCGGCGCGUGGCCGUGAUCGGGGCCGGGGCUGCGGGCUUGGCCUCUGUCAAGUGCUGCCUGGAUGAGGGGCUGGAGCCCACCUGCUUCGAGAGCAGUGAGGACAUCGGCGGCGUCUGGCGCUACACGGACUCCACAGACAGCAGGAGGGUCACUGUGUACCGCUCAGUCAUCACCAACACCUCCAAGGAGAUGUCCUGCUUCAGCGACUUCCCCUUCCCCGAGGAUUUUCCCAAUUACCUGCCCCACAGCCUGGUCCUGGAAUACCUCAGGAUGUACGCCCAGCACUUUGACCUCCUGCAGCACGUACACUUCCAGACAACAGUUCUCAGCGUGAGGAAGCGCCCAGAUUUCAGCACCUCAGGCCAGUGGGAGGUGGUCACCGAGACCCACGGCGUCCGUGAGUCCCACGUCUUCGACGCUGUCAUGGUUUGCACCGGCCACUACCAGGAGCCCUACUUGCCAUUGGCUUCUUUCCCAGGCAUUGAAAGUCGCUUCAAAGGCCAGCGCCUGCACAGCCGGGAGUACAGAGAUGUGCAGGACUUCCGAGGAAAGCGCGUCCUGGUGGUUGGCAUCGGCAACACUGGCGGUGACCUCUCCGUGGAGCUGAGCCAUGUGGCUGCCAAGGUGUUCCUCAGCAGCAGGAGCCACACGUGGGUCAUCAGCCGGGUCUCAGACCACGGCUUCCCCUUGGACAUGGUCAGCACCACCCGCUUCAACUCCCUCCUGGAGUGGCUUCUCCCAUCAGCCCUCACAAGGAGGAUCAAGUUUCGGAAGUUCAAUUCAUGGUUCAACCACACAAACUAUGGCUUGGCUUCCAGCAAGAGCUCCAAAUUUAAGGUGAUUGUCAAUGAAGAGCUGCCAUUCUGCCUCCUCUCUGGGACUGUGGUGUUGAAGCCAAACGUGAAGGAGUUCACUGAAAGCUCUGCUGUUUUUGAAGACGGGACAACCGAAGAAAACAUUGACGUGGUGCUCUUUGCCACAGGCUACAACUUUUCCUUCCCCUUCCUCGAGGAGCCUGUUCGCAGUGCCAUCAACGACAACCGUUCCCUCUACAACUGCAUCUUCCCUCCCCAGCUGGAAAAGCCCACGCUGGCCAUCAUUGGCUUGAUCCAGCUGACGGGCUCCAUUAUGGUGGGAUCAGAAAUGCAGGCUCGCUGGGUGACGGGGAUCUUUGCAGGCUGGAACAAGCUGCCUCCCCCCCGCAGGAUGAUGGCUGAGGUUUUGAAGAGGAAGCCACCAGUCAAAAGGAAUCCAUCUGAGAGGGAGAACCUGAAGAUGAGUUUUAUCAGCUACGUGGACAAAAUCGCUGCGUGUGCUGGCGUCAAGCCCAGCGUGUCGAGGCUGCUGCUGACAGACCCCCAGCUGGCCCUGGCCAUCUUUUUUGGGCCCUGCUCCCCCUACCAGUACCGGCUGGUGGGACGGGGCAGGUGGAGCGGGGCCAGAGCUGCCAUCCUGACCCAGCGGCAGCGCUCGCUGAAGCCCCUGAGAACGCGCCUGCUGGCUGACAGCUCCAGCAGCUCCUCGGGCUGGUGCUGGAUGUGCCUCCUGGCUCUGCCAGCAGCUCUCGCAGCAGCUUGGCUCUUCUCUAAAUUCCCCCAGCCAGGCUGGAGCCCGCGGGCAGGUCUCCAGCUGUAGAAGGAAGUGGAGAGACGCAAUGUGGGGACGGCGCAAAGCUGUGCCAGGUGCUGCCAGAGGGCUGGAGCUGGCACCUGCAGGAGCCUGGGACCCUGGGGCUGCGUGUGUCCAGCCACCUCCUGCUGAUGUUUCACCAAAGGUCACACAGAGUGUUCACCCUGAACCACUCUGGGGUGAACUGCUGAGCAUGAGGCCAGCCUUCCUCCCCCCUACUCCCUGAAACCACCUUGAGAUUUCGUGAAACAUGAACCGUCGAGAGCCACUUCUGGGACGUGAAGGAGGGAGCCAGAAAUAAACCUCACAGAUCUGG